UACUGACACGGGAGGAUGGCCAAACACAUCUCCCUGAAGCUGCUCUCCAUAGACAGCGGACACGUAGAUGAUCCCAUUAGCGCUGGCUGCAGCGGCACAUGCUCAGCUAUGCUUGUUGAAGGGGAUCUCAGUAGGCUGUGCGUGAGCACUGAGGUCAUCGCCUGCGCUGAGGAAAAAAUACUCAGCGCAGCCUCCAUUUUGAGUAGUAUGAAAUAGAGGAAAGCAUAGUUUUGAGCCGCCGCCGCAGCAGCAAACAAACUGUAAACACUAGCGAAACAGCCUCUGCCAUGGACGACCUGUUCAGUCCGCGAAGCAACGUAAUGAUUUAUGUGUAAAUAUAUGAAGUGGACGUCCAAGCCCCCGUUUAUAUAACCUUUGGAGGGAACGGAGCAGUCGGACGUUGAUUGGCUGGAUAUGCAAUGCAGCUGAACAGCACACAAGGAGAGAUUAGAGUGGGACCAAGUCAUCAGGCCAAGCUACCUGAAUUACAGCUGACACCUGCUCAUGGAACAGAGUUCGUCACAGAAAAUGAGGAGCUGGUGUGGGCACCUGGGGUCAAUGACUGUGACCUUCUCAUGUACCUACGGGCUGCCAGGAGCAUGGCAGCGUUUGCAGGGAUGUGUGAUGGAGGUUCAACAGAGGAUGGUUGCCUUGCAGCUUCACGGGAUGAUACCACAUUAAAUGCUUUAAAUACACUCCAUGAAAGCCAAUAUGAUGCAGCCAAAGCCCUGCAGUGUCUGGUGAAGAAACCUGUUCCAAAACUCAUUGAGAAAUGCUGGUCAGAAGAUGAAGUGAAACGGUUUAUCAAAGGUCUCAGACAGUAUGGCAAAAACUUCUUUAAGAUCCGUAAGGAGCUGCUGCCUAGUAAGAAAACGGGUGAGCUAAUCACAUUCUACUACUACUGGAAGAAAACUCCUGAAGCCGUGGCGUCACGACCUCAUCGGCAGCAGAGAAGGCAGCCAGUGUCUCGCAAAGUGAAAACUCGCAACGCGACAGCUGCAGCCAAUGCAACAUCUCGCACUUCUUCCAUGGAACUUAGUUCAGCGAGUGAAGAUGAUCUGGACAGUGAGGAUAGUGAGCAGGGCGGAAAAGGUCAAGCCUGCAGUCACUGUCUAACCACUAACUCCAAAGACUGGCAUCAUGGAGGGAGAGACAAUGUCUUGCUGUGCUCUAGUUGCCACUCUCACUUCAGCAAGCAUCGGCGCCUGCCACCUGUUCCUAAACCAGCAGAUCCGCCAUACCUCUUCAAACCUGUCAAAGAAGAGGAAGAGGGAGUCAGACAUGGGAUGAAGACCCGUCGGAGCCGGGUGCCACCACAUAUGUCAUCUCUUCGAAGUGGGCGCAACAGACCAACCGGAAGUCCCGACAGGGGCAUGUCUCCCACCCUCGAGGAUGUGCGAUCUAAUGGACAGUCCCCUAGAGCCAGUUCCACUGCGAUGGCAACCAGGGCUUCCAGCUCUGAUAUCAAGAAUGGAGUGGCUGGGAAGACUAACAAGACCAUAAAAGUAGAGGCAUCUAUAGUAAAGGGUGUGAAAAGACAGAGAGAGUCAGCAGCUCCAGAUGCUGAUGAGCCUGAAAGGAAAAACAUGAAACGACCCAAGAAUCAGGAGGGUCCUGAUUCUCCAUCAGAAGGUGAGGGUGAAGGCGAGAGCUCAGAUAGCCGCAGUGCCAAUGAUGAUGGCAGCAGCGACACUAAAGACAUUGAUCAGGACAACCGCAGCUCUUCCCCCAGCCUGGCCAGUCCCUUGCAGGCCAACGAAAGUGACUCGGACUCCCCAGCACCACCCCCUGCACCAGGCCCAACCCCACAAACCCAACCCCAGCAGCCUGCUGCGACACCCACAGCACAUGCCCCCUCUGAAACACCACCAUCUCCUCAGCCCUCUUUGCUUGCAUCCUCAUCUGCACCUUCACCUGGAGCUUCUACCGCCACCUCGAAGGCACCAUCCGUAGAGGUUUCCCAGGAGGUUCCAUCUCCAACCACUUUCAGAAGCGGUCCUAGGGGACCCGAAGCCCCCACCUCUUAUUCAAACUCCUUGACUCAGCAGGUGCAGUGUCCAGGGCAGGGGCAGUCAUUUCCUGUGCCGCUCCAUUAUCAGCACAAUUCAGGUCAGCUGCAGAAUCCUUCAUCUAGCGUGAAUCAGCCAUCAGGGUUUGCUUCCAGACCGCUCCACCUUCAAAGAGAGAGCCCUCUUCCUCCUCUUCCCCCUACAGCAGCAUCCCAAAUCAAGCCCCCUCCGACCACUCCAAUUCCACCUUCUCACAAGCAGCCCCCUCACCUUUCUGCACCUCCACCCCAUUUCCUGCAAAUCCACCCCAAUUUACCUCCACCUCCUGCUCUAAAACCGCUUGCUUCCUUGCCCUCGCAGCACUUGCCUUGUUCCCAGCCUCCUCCAUUGCAUAUAAUUCCACAAAAUCACCCUGCUCAACCUUCCGUUCUGACUCAGUCACAGAGCCAGCCGGUCAAAGGUCAUACCAGUGGUGCCCCUCCAGCUGCAGCGAGUUCUCAACCAUCGCUCCCACAAAAUCGUCCUGGUCCUGAGUCCACUGCUUCAUUCCCUCUUUACACUAGUCCCGUCCCUGCCCAUCAGCCCUCCACGUCCUCCUCAGCAAGCACUCCUGUUGGACAGGCUCAUAUCAAAGAGGAACCAAUUGAUGAGGAGGAAGAGUGCGAUAGCCCACCUCCGCCUCGCAGGAGUCCCUCUCCAGUACCAACAGUGGUUGACAUACCCAGUCAUGCAAGUCAGUCAGCAAGAUUCAUCAAACACCUCAACCGAGGUUACAACUCCUGCUCUCGCACAGACCUGUACUUCACCCCAUUGGCCUCCUCAAAAUUGGCCAAAAAACGAGAGGAAGCUGCUGAAAGAUCCAGAAGAGAAGCAGAGCUGAGCACUCGACAGGGACGGGACAGAGAAAGAGAGCGGGAGAGGGAGAGAGAAAGAGAGCGGGAGCGAGAAAGGGAGAGAGACUCUGAUAAAGCCUCUCGUGCGUCAUGCUCAUCCCACGAUGGCCGAAUAGGGGAACACCUGCUUGCUGCCCAUGUGCAACCGGGCCGUCCGUCAUUCGAACAUCCUCCCCCCACCACUGUGGCUGCAGUUCCACCAUAUCUCGGCCCUGACACUCCAGCCCUCCGCACACUCAGCGAGUACGCCCGCCCCCACGUCAUGUCUCCCACCAACCGCAACCAUCCUUUCUUCAUGCAGCUUGGGCCAGGUGAGCACCUGCUGGCUUAUCACAUGCCAGGGCUCUAUGCAGUAGACCCAGCCCUUCGAGAGCGAGAGCUUCGUGAGCUUCGAGAGAGAGAGAUCCGAGAAAGAAUGAAGCCCGGAUUUGAGGUGAAACCGCCAGAGCUGGAGAACCCACUUCAUCCGUCGGCAAAUCCCAUGGAGCAUUUUGCCCGCCAUGGUGCCCUGCCUCUGUCUCAUGUGGCUGGGCCUCACCCCUUCGCCCAGUUCCACCCAGCCAUGGACCGCAGCGUAGCGGCACCCCCUCGGCCAGAAAUCAGCUAUGCUGAGCGUUUGACAGCUGAACGGCUCCAUGCUGAAAGGAUGGCCUCUGUUGCUGCUGGUGACCCUGUUGCACGGCUACAGAUGCUCAAUGCUACACCACACCACCACCAACACUCACAUAUACACUCCCAUCUUCAUCUGCACCAACAGGACCCUCUCAACCAAGGUGAGAACUUAUCUAGAUCACAUUUUUUUCAAGAAAGUAAAUGGAAAUGUCAAUGUAUUUGUCUUUCAGGCCAAGGGCCUCAUCCUCUGGUGGACCCAUUGGCUGCUGGCCCCCCUCUGGCACGAUUCCCCUACUCACCUGGUGCCAUCUCCAACCCCCUACUCAGUGAGUUACCCCAUGAGCAUGAAAUGCUCCGCCACCCUCUGUUUGGAGCACCAUUCCCCAGAGAGUUACCAGGACCCCUGGCUCCGAUGUCAGCUGCGCAUCAGUUGCAGGCGAUGCAGGCACAGUCAGCAGAGCUGCAGAGGCUGGCACUGGAGCAGCAGUGGCUACAUGGACAUGCACACUUACAUAGUGCUCCUCUCCCCAGCCAAGAAGACUACUACAGCCGUCUGAAGAAAGAGGGAGACAAGCAGUCCUGAAAUGAACAAAUCCUCCACUGUGGAUUACAGAGUGAUUCUGUGUUCAGGGUAUCAGGCCUUUUAUUUCAGAAAACCCAGCGUGGGUUUAUCCCUGUUUUGGCACUUAUAAACAUUUGACCGACUCCUUUGUGAUGUAUGAAAUAACUAGCCUUUCGGAGCACAGCGAAUUUGCUUUCCUUGCAUGAACACUAUUUAGAAAUUUCUGUAAUUUAGAAGUUUCUGUAAGAAAUUAAAUUCCCACGUAAUGUUGUUAUUGUGCUAAAAGCACAGUACUGUAGAUUUACUAAGUAUUUGAAAAGUGCUGUCCAAUAUCCAGAGUUUAUCACAAUUUAGUUUCCAAGUUUACUGAAACAUUCGUUUUAAGAUUGUAAAUAUAUGUUUGAAAUAAUAUAUUAACUGUUGAAAUUUAAAAGAUGCAAUGAUAGAUUUGGAUACAAAAACUUCAGAUGACCUGUGUGCAAGAAGUGCAUACUUUACAUUCUCUAUCCUUCCCUUUCUCUGACAGCCUCUUCAUCUAUACCUCAGUGUGCUCAUCAAUAUACAGUAAAGCCUACCUGUAGUAAACUCCACAACACCUUAUUUUUUUUAGCAAUUUAACUUUUUUUGAUUUAAUAAUGUAGACCAAAUCUAGGCUGAGUAUUAGCAUUAUGACUGUAGUGUUGAUCUUUCCCUGUCUGGGAACAGAGCUUAUCCAGCUCUGCAGAACAGUCGCUUCACUGCCAUGGUCAUACGAUGCUGUGGAAGACUGAUCAGGCCAACAGUCACCUGCUUGCAGUGUUUACCGCCAUUCUUAAGGACACAAUUUGAUAGAGCAGGUCAGUUCCUGGGUCCUCCCUACUUGGCACAGAAGUUUAGGAAGUUAAUUUAUGGAGCGGUACCUACAGUUAGCAAUAAAAUGCAUAUGGCAUAUUUAAUGGUAUCCUCAAUACCAGCUUCAGUCCUAGCAUGUGCACUUGGCCAAUUAAACAACCAGGCUACUGUUUAGUGUUACAUUUUCAUAGGCAGGCUGGUUGGGAAAGAACACAGCAUUCUCACAAUAAGAUGAAAUUCAUUAUAAACACAAUAGAGAGAGAAAGAGUAAUUUUGUGAUGGUUUAAUGCAAUACAAGUGUAUUGUUGUGCACUACUAUUAAUUGUUAAAAUAACAAUAGAAAUCAUGAAAUGUAGUGCCAUUGUUUUGUAUGUGUUGAAGCAGACAGUUGAUGAGUGUUAUCUGUUAAUGCCGUUAUUGUGGAACUUUGAUGGGUCACUUUUUCCAAAACUGCCAAAAAGUCAUUAUUUUCUUUGAAUUAGCACUAAACAUUUAAAUUUAAUGGGAAAUAUAUUCUCAUUUUUAAUAUCCAUGUCUUUAUGUAUACAUGCACAGUGUUGUCUGGUUGCAAUUACCUUAUAGUUGGAAAUUUUUCAUAACUUUCAAUGACGAA